AACGCGCAGAUUACAUAUUUGAAUAUGGUUGCCCGGGCUUGCUUUCCAGUGUAGAUUGUAGCAUGUACAUACUGUGACAUGACUAAUAGGCCAAAACACAAGGGGGCGUAUACGCCCAACUUUUUACUUCCCACGUUUGACGGGACUCACCGUCAACCUAUGUGGAAUCAAGCCUCUCCAAAAUUUGAUUUUAACACUUCCAAGCUACUGAGCAUUGAACCUGGUAUUGACAUUCUAACUGAGUUAGAUAAACGCAAUACAGUUCGUAAUAAUCGGAGGUCCUUCGCCAGACCUAAUGGAUCAAUUACAUCGCGAAAGCAAAAUGAAUCCUUCAGAAGAGGUCUAGUUGAAUUAAUUAUGAAAGGUGAAGACGCUUCUGUUUUCGAAGUAGUCCAAGAACCUGACAAUCUAAGGAAUUCGGAACCGUACACCUCGAUAGCUACUAGAGAAAAAUCUAUUUUGAAAUAUUACUAUUAUAUAUAUAACGGGAUCGAUACGGAUCAUGUGGCCCCAAUGAAGCGUGAAUGGCUUGAGCGCAUGAAGUCCAUGAUCCGCCCUUCAGUAAUGGAAAACGCCAACCUUGUUCUAUUAGAGAAGUUAGAAGAUGAAAUCAAUGAGGAUUAUUUGUUCGGCGUGAAGAAGGCGAUAGUCGAUUUCGUUCUCAGGGAAUCCGGCGACAAAGUGGUGCCAGGAAAGGACAAGAAAGGGGAAUGUGACGCUUUCGACGACGACUGUACUCCGCCCGCUCACCGUAAAGAACUGGAGGUUGUUCCCAAACCGUGGCAUCCUUCGUUCGUCUCUGCGGUUCGAUUCUGUCAACGACACUUAUUCAUUACGAAUGCUUGCAUGCUACAGUUAUUGGAUCUGUGGCAUACCAGUUUUGCAAGCAUGCGCUUGAUAGAUAUUCAAGAACUUUAUUCCAAGCCAACGGCGAUCGAACUGACAACUUUCCAACAGAUAUGCAACAAGCACAUAGAAUCCGCCAAAGAAAGGCUGCUGAAAAAAUGGCUGAAUGAGGUGCAGAACAUCUUCUAUCAAGGAAACAAAAAGAAGCUCAUCCCAGCAAAUGACAGCUCUGGCAAACUGGAGGCCUACUACCGCUGUGCGGCGACGCUGAUGACAGAGAAUUUACAAAACCUUGGACUGGACUCUAUGUUGGACUAUAAAAACCUAAUUUGCCAUCCGCCGCGAUUAAUAGAACGAAUUCACCCUGAGAAGCAAUAUCAAGGACACAUUAUGUUUAACAGGAGAAGUGAUCAUACGUUUGCUCACGAGAUGCCUGGGUUCAUCAUUCGUCUGCUACUGGACGAGACCUCCAUCAAGUUCGAGCCUUCCAUUCAAGAGUUCGAGAAUGUGCUACUCAACAUGUUCCAGAACAUGUUAAAGGUGAUACAGAGCAUCCCGAGGAUUGAAACCAGACUGUAUUCUGAAUGGCAAACCACCGCGGACGAUAGUGCAAAGUUGCAUCCUGUGAUUUUGGAGGAAAUUUUGGACGAAUACAAGAACAGCGUACGAAAAAUGCUGCGUUGGGAAUCCAAAGGACCAGUAUCUCACACACGGGAGUAUGACAAGUAUCAAAUGCUGGUUAGCCGACAGGCCGAGCGGGAUGUCGAGGCUUUAUUGAGUCCCAAGCAUCCGGAACAAGUGGUGGUCCCAGUUAGACAGACAUCAGAUGAGGAUGAUGCGACCGAGGGAUCGGAGGAUGCGAUCGUGUCGCAAGCACAAGAGAACAAAGAAUUCGAACCAGUGGGCCCUAGCUUCGAAGAGCUUGCCCGGGAACUUACCAAGUAUACCAAGCUGAGGAAACGUAUACAAUAUGAAUCACGUAGAGUCAUAAAACUUGGCCUAUUUGAAAUUCACUGUGACGACUUGAUACGAGCGUUGGCAAAACGCGCGGAAGCGAUCGGUGAUCGGCUCCUUGAUAGGAUAUUGGAAGAUCAUCGUUGCACAAACCGCGCAUUAAUUAAGGAAUACGAAUCGAUUGCGGCCAAAGCCUUGACCAUCCCCACUGACAUCUCGCACAUGAUGCAGCUGACCGAGUUUGUCAAUCACACUGAGAAGGUGACAAUGCACGAGUUGGAACGCAAACUAGAUCAGUCCAGAGAUCGUCUGUUGUUCUUGAUGGACCAUGCUCAACUCAAUCCGUCCGAUAUGCGCAUAAAUAGCCAAGUGUUUGAAUGGCAUAUGCGUAUGGAGGAUGUGUUCGAAGAAAACCGACGAACCGCACACAUCAAACGGGAGGAGUUUGAGAUUGGGCUACGGUACAGAAGAGAGCGCUUCUUGGAGGAGUUAGAGUCAUACAGACGACAGGUGGACGAAUUCCAAGCUUUGGGUGAUCUCAACGAGAUUACUCGUUAUCUGAAAAAAGCACAAGCUCUGGAUGCGAAAUUGGAACAAGCAACACUCAAAAUUGAUGCGUUCAAUUCUGACGAGGAAGCGUUGAAAUGGGAUACAACAGUAUAUCCACUGCGUAGUGAAGUGCAGAGCACACUAAAACCGUUUCUCAAGUUAUACGAAAUUUGUGUCGAAUUCAAUACAAAGUAUCGCGAUUGGAUGGACGGGCCGAUGGACAAGGUGGAUCCAGAGCAAGUGGAAUUGGAGAUUUCCAACCAGUACAGGACGCUGUACAAACUGGAGAAGUCAUUUGAUACCCUUCCAGCUCCGCGGAAGAUCGCUUCCAAAGUUCGCGGCAAAGUGGAGGAGUUCAAAGAACACCUACCUCUGAUACGUACACUGUUUAAUCCCGGCCUACGUGAACGCCACUGGGCACAAAUCUCAGAGAUUGUCGGCUACACACUGCGAAAUGAGGAAGGAAUGUGUUUGGCUAAGCUGGUUGACAUGAAUCUGGAGCCACAUAUUUCCAAAUUCGAUGCCAUUUCUGAGGCAGCCACCAAGGAACACAGUUUGGAAAAAGCGCUGGAUAAAAUGCGGAAAGAAUGGGCUCCCCUCGAAUUCAAUCUCAUUCCAUACCGUGACAGUGGCACAGUGAUCUUGUCGUCGGUAGAUGACAUACAGCUACUUCUGGAUGAUCACAUAGUGAAAGCCCAAACAAUGAGAGGAUCGCCAUUCAUCAAACCGUUUGAAACCGAUAUCCGCGACUGGGAGAGCAAACUUCUCCUCACGCAGGAUAUCUUAGAUGAGUGGAUGAAGGUACAGGCUACGUGGCUGUAUUUGGAGCCCAUUUUCAGCUCACCCGAUAUCAUGGCCCAGAUGCCGGACGAAAGUAGAAAAUUUACCACCGUGGACAAGACGUGGAAGGAGCUGAUGAAACAGGCUACAGUGGAUAAGCAUGUGAUGGCCGUCAUCACUAUUGAUAAGAUGCUGGACAAAUUUAAGAAGUCCAAUGACUUGUUAGAAGCCAUAUUGAAGGGGUUGAAUGCCUAUUUGGAGAAGAAGCGACUCUUUUUCCCAAGAUUCUUCUUCUUAUCGAAUGAUGAACUGUUGGAAAUUCUUUCCGAGACUAAGGAUCCAACCCGUGUGCAACCUCACCUAAAGAAGUGCUUCGAAGGCAUCGCCUCACUGGAAUUUACGAAAAAUCUGGAUAUUACACAUAUGAAAAGCAGUGAAAAUGAAAUUGUUCAACUGAAAGAUGUUAUUUCAACCUCAAAAGCCAGAGGGGCAGUGGAGAAGUGGCUACUGGAACUGGAAGAGGACAUGACUGCUUCGGUACAUUUGACCAUUUGCAUGGCGCUAGAAGACUAUUUACACUCAGCGCGUAAGGACUGGGUUAAAAUGUGGUGCGGGCAGGCAGUACUGGCUGGCUCCAUGUAUUUUUGGACUAUGGAAGUUGAAUCAGCCCUAGCUGCGGGAUAUGACGCAAUGCAGGACUAUUUGAAGUUGAACAACCAGCAAAUCGAAGAGAUCGUCGGUAUGGUCAGAGGGAAGUUGUCCAAGCAAAAUCGCACCACGCUGCAAGCUUUGAUUGUGCUCGAUGUGCAUGCGCGUGACGUGCUGGCCGAACUCAUACAACUACAGUGUCAUUCGAACACGGAAUUCUCUUGGCUGAGCCAACUACGAUACUACUGGGAGGAAAAAAAGUUGGUCACACGUAUGAUUAAUUCCCAGCUAAGCUACGGCUAUGAGUAUUUGGGAAACACUGGACGGUUGGUUAUUACUCCUCUGACCGAUCGAUGCUACCGCACGUUAUUCGGAGCGCUGCACCUGCAUCUUGGCGGUGCACCAGAAGGGCCUGCUGGCACAGGAAAGACAGAGACAACCAAAGAUUUGGCAAAAGCUGUUGCGAAGCAGUGCGUGGUGUUUAAUUGCUCCGAUGGCUUGGAUUACAUUGCUUUGGGCAAAUUCUUUAAGGGGUUAGCCUCAUGUGGUGCGUGGUCUUGUUUCGACGAAUUCAAUCGAAUUGACCUGGAGGUGUUGUCCGUGGUGGCUCAGCAAAUACUGACUAUUCAACGUGCGGUCAAUGCGAAACAAGCUCGAUUGGUGUUCGAGGGGACCGACAUCAAACUGGACCCAACGUGUGCCGUGUUCAUCACAAUGAAUCCAGGUUAUGCCGGUCGGUCAGAACUGCCAGACAAUUUGAAGGCCUUGUUUCGUGCAGUCGCCAUGAUGGUACCCGACUACGCCAUGAUCGCGGAGAUCUCACUUUACUCCUGCGGAUUUGUGAACGCCCGUCCUCUUGCGGUGAAAAUUGUUGCAACUUAUCGGUUGUGCUCCGAACAGUUGUCCAGCCAAGCGCAUUAUGACUAUGGUAUGCGUGCGGUGAAAUCCGUCCUAACCGCUGCCGGUAACCUCAAGCUGAAAUACCCAAAUGAGGACGAAGAUCUCCUAAUGCUGCGUUCAAUCAUCGAUGUCAAUCUACCCAAGUUCUUAAAUCACGACUUGCCUCUGUUCAAUGGGAUUACUUCCGAUUUGUUCCCCGGUGUGGAACGCCCCUCGCCCGACUACGAGAUUCUCAAUGCGGGGAUUAAGUACGCAUGUGAGAGCACUAACAGGCAGUACACGGACUACUUUGUGGAAAAGAUUCAGCAGAUUUACGAAAUGAUGAUCGUGCGACAUGGCUUCAUGAUCGUCGGAGGACCAUUUGGUGGAAAGACAAGCGCGUACAAAACACUGAGCAUAGCGUUAGGUGAAAUAGCCGAGAAGGGACUUAUGGAAGAGAACAAGGUGCAAUACACGGUUAUAAACCCGAAGGCAGUCACAAUGGGUCAAUUGUAUGGUCAGUUCGAUCCGGUCUCACACGAGUGGUCCGACGGAAUCCUGGCGGUGUCGUAUCGAGCGUUCGCAACCUCCACCACACCGGAUCGCAAGUGGCUCAUUUUUGACGGCCCCGUGGACGCGGUGUGGAUAGAAAACAUGAACACUGUGUUGGACGAUAACAAGAAGCUGUGUCUGAUGUCUGGUGAAAUCAUCCAGUUGGCCCCCACCACCAAUCUGAUUUUCGAGCCCAUGGACUUGGAAGCCGCCUCACCGGCGACUGUGUCCCGCUGUGGUAUGAUCUACAUGGAGCCGGCUAGUUUGGGCUGGCGUCCACUCUUCCGGAGCUGGCUGAACAAGCUACCUCCUGGGAUAAAAUCUCCAUACAAGGCAGUCUUAGAAGACAUGUUCGAGCGGUUUGUUGACGCUGGGAUAGCUUUAGUUCGGAAGGGGGGCGGUAAAGAAUUAUCACCCACUGGAGACAUUAACCUAGUCAAAUCGCUGAUGAAUCUGAUCGACUGCCACAUGGAUAAUUUCCACGAGGAGGCAUGUCUGGACCGAUUUGACCCUACAGAAGCCUCUGCAGUGGUUGAAUGCAUAUUCUUUUUCUCAUACGUUUGGUCCAUCGGGGCUACGACGGACGAAUAUGGGAGGAAGCUGUUCGACAAAUUGACUCGGGAACUCAUGAACGGUGGCAUGAUGGAAGAGACAAGACAAAAGUUAGCACUCAUAGAAUUGGUCCCACCUCCGUUGCAGGACUACGGGAGGCCUUUCCCGAUUAAGCGUUCCGUGUUCGACUAUCGUCUCGUGCUUACGAUACCUAGAGUGGGAGUACCUAUGCCCAUCGGCGAGGACGGUGAAGAAGCCAGCCCUGUCAAGUGGGAGUUGUGGAAGGAAACAAUCAAAUCGGCCCCACCAAUACCGAAGGAUGCAACCUUUCACGAAAUAAUUGUCCCCACGGUUGAGACGGUUCGCUGCAACUGCCUGUUAGAAUUGUUCCUAUUACACUGCAAACCCGCCCUGUUUGUCGGACCGACUGGAACUGGAAAAUCCUGUUACAUCAUGGACUUCCUACUGAACAAGUUACCAAGGGACAUAUACAAACCGAAUAAUUUGAACUUCUCUGCCCAGACUAGUGCGAACCAAACGCAAAACAUUAUUAUGUCGAAAUUGGAUCGACGUCGUAAGGGUGUUUUUGGACCACCAAUGGGCAAGAAAUUGGUGGUUUUCGUGGAUGACUUGAAUAUGCCAGUUCGAGAAGUAUACGGCGCGCAACCGCCAAUUGAAUUGCUCCGUCAGUGGCUUGAUCACGGAAUCUGGUACGACCUAAAGACCAAUGAUCCCAUUAAGUUGGUGGAUCUUCUUUUCAUCGGCGCCAUGGGUCCGCCCGGCGGUGGCCGAAAUACAGUAACUCCACGUUUUCUGAGGCACCUAAAUACGGUCACUCUGAACGAAUUCGAAGAUGAUAUGAUGCGUACCAUCUUUACAAGGAUCAUUGAUUGGCACAUGCAGGUCAAAGGCUUCCACCCAGACUAUAAGAAGAUACCAGGACAGCUCGUUUCUGCCACGUUAGCGGUGUACAAAGCAGCAACACAGAACUUGCUUCCAACUCCUACCAAAUCGCAUUAUUUGUUCAAUCUGCGUGAUUUCAGUCGAGUAAUACAGGGUGUGUUACUCUCGACUCCGGAGACAGUGGAUCCGUACUCCAUCAAACGCCUAUGGGUGCAUGAGGUGUUCCGCGUAUAUUACGAUCGACUUGUGGACGAUGCAGAUAGGAAGUGGCUGUUUGAAUUUAUUAAACAAUGUGUGCGGGAACACAUGGAUUCCAAUUUUGAGUCGUUAUUCGGUCACUUGAUUGGAAAGGACGAUGAAGCAACGGAAGAUCAUUUACGUUCGCUAAUGUUCUGCGAUUUCUCCGACCCCAAAGGAGGUCGGAAUUACGUAGAGGUGCGGGAUGUGGAGAAGCUCCGAAAGGUGGCAGAAAAUUAUCUAGAUGAGUACAACCAGAUAAGCAAAAAACCCAUGAAUCUGGUCCUCUUUCGAUUUGCUAUAGAACACGUGUGUCGUAUCUCUCGCAUUCUCAAACAACCACGGUCUCAUGCACUACUUGUUGGAGUGGGCGGUUCUGGACGCCAGUCGCUGACCAGACUUGCGGCCUACAUGAGUGAUUUUGAUUUGUUUCAAGUUGAGAUCUCCAAAAGCUACGGCAUGAAUGAAUGGAGAGAGGACCUGAAGAGGAUACUGCGUAAGGCUAGUGACACCGAUAACCAUGCGGUCUUCCUUUUCAAUGAUACACAAAUAAAGAACGAGAGUUUCCUUGAGGAUAUUAACAAUUUGCUCAAUGCCGGUGAAGUGCCUAAUCUGUUUCCAGCGGACGAAAAGAUGGAAGUGUGUGAGAGGAUGCGGCAACUGGACCGAGCCCGAGAACGCAGCAAACAGACGGAUGGCUCGCCGGUGGCAUUGUUCAACUACUUCAUUCAGCGUGUUCGCGAACAACUGCACAUUGUGCUUGCACUCAGUCCCAUUGGUGAUUCGUUCCGGAACAGGUUGAGGAAAUUUCCCUCCCUGGUCAACUGUUGCACGAUCGAUUGGUUCCAAACGUGGCCAGAAGAUGCUCUCACAGCUGUCGCUACGCGUUCAUUGGGUGCAGUGGAUAUGACCGAAGAGGUUCGGGAAGCAUGCAUCCAGCUUUGCAAGUAUUUCCACACAAGCACCCAAAAACUCUCAAAUCGGUAUCUGCUGGAACUGGAACGACACAAUUACGUCACACCCACAUCAUACUUGGAACUGAUCACCACUUUCAUGACGCUGCUGGAGAAGAAACGGACCGAAGUGUUGCUUCAAAAGAGCCGAUAUGAGGUCGGUUUGGAGAAGCUAAGCAGUGCAGCCGCAGAGAUCUCCGAGAUGUCACAGGAGCUGCAGUCGCUGCAGCCGAAGUUGGUACAGGCAAGCAAAGAGGUCGACGCCGUUAUGGUUGUAGUGGAGCAACAGAGCGCGGAGGCAGCGAAACAGGAAAAAGUCGUUCGCGUGGACGAGGCAGUGGCCGGAGAGCAAGCCCGAAUGGCUGAAGCUAUAAAGGAGGAGUGCGAUGCAGAUUUGGCAGAAGCCAUACCAAUACUUGAGAUAGCAUUGAAAGCUCUGGAGACCUUGACUCCAGCGGAUAUAACCAUUGUCAAGGCGAUGAAGUCUCCGCCUGCCGGUGUCCGCUUAGUAAUGGAAGCAGUAUGCGUACUUAAGGGCAUCAAACCAGAUCGAGUGAAUGAUCCGGCCGGUUCGGGGAAGAAGGUAGAAGACUACUGGGGACCUUCUAAACGAUUACUUGGUGAUAUGAAGUUCUUGGAAAACUUGAAAGGUUUUGACAAAGACAACAUACCUAAUUCAAUUAUGAAAAUGAUCCGGGAACGCUACAUACCCAACCCAGACUUCAAGCCAGAGCGUGUGGCGGUUGCCUCCACUGCCUGUGAAGGCCUGUGCAAGUGGGUGAUAGCCAUCGAUAGAUAUGAUGCAGUGGCGAAGAUUGUAGCCCCCAAGAAGGAGGCCCUGGCAAAAGCUAUGGAGGAGUACACCACGGCCAUGGACGCGUUGAGUAAAAAACGAGCCGCACUUAAGGAAGUACAAGAUCGUCUGCGCUUGCUGACUGAAGAUCUGGAGGCGAACAAAAGGAAGAAGAUUGACCUUGAAAACAAGGUGGACAUAUGUACGAAGAAACUGGAGCGGGCCGAACAACUCAUCGGAGGUUUGGGUGGGGAAAAGUCUCGCUGGACGGAGGCAGCCAAAACUCUUGGUGAACAAUACAUCAACUUGUCGGGAGAUGUUCUGACCUCCAGCGGUGUGGUUGCUUAUCUCGGUGCGUUUACUUCUUCCUUCAGACAAGACCAAAUUAAGGAGUGGCUGGCGGCAGUGAAUGAAAGUGCGAUCCCUUGCUCCCCCGCGUUCAGUUUGGUGAGCACAUUGGGAAAUCCUGUCGAGAUUCGGGCGUGGAACAUCGCAGGCCUGCCUACAGAUGAUUUCUCCGUUGAAAACGGAAUAAUUAUCGCUAACGCUCGCCGGUGGCCCCUAAUGAUUGAUCCCACAAGUCAGGCAAAUAAAUGGGUGAAGAACAUGGAAAAGAGGAACAAUUUGCAAGUAGUCAAGCUGACCAGCAGUGAUUUUGUACGAACAUUGGAGAACUGUAUUCAAUUUGGAACCCCAGUUCUUCUGGAAGGAGUUGGGGAAGAACUAGAUCCGAUACUAGAGCCGUUAUUGCUGAAACAGACCUUCAGGCAAGGUGGAGCACUGUGUAUAAAACUGGGCGAUUCGGUUGUCGAAUAUUCCAAUGAAUUCCGUUUCUAUAUAACAACAAAGCUGAGAAACCCCCACUAUCUACCUGAGACAGCGGUAAAAGUCACACUAAUGAAUUUCAUGAUCACCCAAGAAGGUCUACAAGAUCAAUUAUUGGGUAUUGUCGUGGCACGUGAAAGGCCAGAGCUAGAGGACGAGAAGAACAAAUUAAUCCUACAAGGAGCAGCAAACAAAAAGAAACUGAAAGAGCUGGAGGAUCAAAUUUUGGGCGUUUUAUCUUCGUCCGAAGGUAACAUUCUGGAGGAUGAAAGCGCCAUCAAGGUGCUCAACUCUUCGAAGGAGUUAUCAAAUGAGAUUGCGGAAAAACAGGCGUAUUUCGAGGAGACUGAGCAAAAGAUUGACACAGCUCGCUUGGGAUACGUUCCCAUAGCGGUGCACUCGACAGUGUUGUUCUUCUCCAUCGCUGAUUUGGCUAACAUUGAUCCGAUGUACCAGUAUUCGUUAACUUGGUUCAUCAAUCUGUUCGUCAUGGGAAUAGACAAUUCAGAGAAGUCCGAAAAUUUAGAAGAACGUCUUGAAAAUCUACGAGCCUAUUUAACCUACUCGUUGUAUUGCAAUGUCUGUCGCUCUCUGUUUGAGAAAGAUAAACUCUUGUUCUCUUUCUUACUGGCCGUCAACAUGUCCAGACACCGUGGCGAACUUAACGAACAAGAGUGGCGUUUUCUACUGACAGGAGGUGUGGGUCUAGAUAAUCCACACACGAAUCCGUCCGAUUGGCUUCAGCCUAAGAGUUGGGAUGAGCUUUGCCGGUUGGAUGACGUGACUGUGUUUACAGGAAUUCGAGACCACUUUGCGCUCAAUAACAAGGCAUGGAAACAAAUUUACGACAGCGGAACACCUCACCGUGAGCCUCUCCCGAAGGGACUUCAACGUAUCAACACCAGGCUUCAACGUAUGUGCAUCUUACGUGUGCUGAGACCAGACAAAAUGGUACCUGCCAUACAGGAUUAUGUGCUGGAAAAUCUUGGUAAAAAGUAUAUUGAACCGCCUCCAUUCGAUUUGCCCGGCUCGUUUGCAGACUCUGCAUGCACUAUCCCGCUUCUGUUUGUCCUCUCACCCGGGGCAGAUCCCAUGGUGGCCCUUCUUAAAUUCGCUGAAGAUAUGGGGUUUGGGGGAACCAAAUUCGAAUCUCUUUCAUUAGGACAAGGACAAGGACCGAUUGCACUACGUAUGAUUGAACGAGGCCUCAAGGAAGGUAUUUGGGUGUUGUUGCAAAACUGCCACCUUGCACCGAGUUGGAUGGGCACGCUGGAAAAGGUUGUGGAAGAUUUAAAUCCAGACACAAUACAUCCAGACUUUCGGCUAUGGCUUACCAGUUAUCCAAGCAAAGACUUCCCGGUAGCUAUACUACAGAACGGAGUCAAAAUGACAAACGAGCCUCCGAAAGGUCUGCGUUUCAAUCUAUGGCGAUCCUAUCUGAGCGAUCCGAUUUCGGAUCAAGAGUUCUUCCAGUCCUGCCCCAACGAAAAUGCAUGGAAAAAACUGCUAUUUUCUUUAGUGUUCUUCCAUGCAAUUGUCCAAGAGCGACGGAAGUUUGGCCCUCUCGGAUGGAACACUCCGUAUGAAUUUAACGAGACUGACUUGCGAAUCUCUGUACAGCAGCUGCACAUUUUCCUGGAACAGUACAAAGAUGUUCAAUACGAAGCUUUACGCUACCUCACGGGAGAAUGCAAUUACGGUGGUCGCGUCACUGAUGAAUGGGACCGUCGAACACUGAAGACGAUAUUACGGAAAUUCUACUGCCCCGAAGCUGUCGAGAUGGAGAAAUACCCGUUGGAUCCCAGCGGAACCUAUUACAUCCCACCAGUUACCCAUUAUGAGGGAUACAUUGACUACAUCAAAUCACUGCCGCUUAACCCGCAUCCUGGUGUGUUCGGAAUGCACGAGAAUGCAGAUAUCACCAAAGAUCAACAGGAAACAAACUUAUUGUUUGCAAGUAUUCUUCUGACACAAGCCAAAGGCACUUCAACAACCGGUAAAUCCGUGGAUGAGACGGUGGACGAAGUGGCGGGGGAUGUAUUAUCCAGGCUUCCGGAAAAUUUCGAUACAGAAAUGGUGUUGCGCAAGUAUCCCACUCGGUAUGAACAGAGUAUGAACACUGUUUUGGUCCAGGAGAUGGUGCGUUUCAACGCCCUACUCAGUAUUAUCCGGUGCAGCUUGAGAGAUAUCCGAUUGGCGAUCAAAGGCUUAGUGGUAAUGUCCGCUGACCUGGAAGCGGUAGUUGAAGCUAUGCUCGCAUCAAGAAUCCCCCAGAUGUGGAUGUCCAAGUCCUAUCCUUCUCUGAAACCACUGGGCUCGUAUGUGAAUGACUUCUUGGCUCGGCUGAAAUUCUUGCAGGAUUGGUACGACCACGGGGCACCGGCGGUGUUCUGGAUAUCCGGGUUCUUCUUCACACAAGCGUUCCUGACCGGCGUGCAGCAGAAUUAUGCAAGAAAACACACCAUACCAAUCGACUUGUUGUCAUUCGAUUUCGAGGUGUUGAACGACGAAAAGUACACCGAGCCACCCAAAGAAGGUGCCUAUGUCUAUGGUCUAUAUGUCGACGGCGCUCGAUGGGACAGAAAAAAGAAGAUACUUGCAGAGGCAAUGCCGAAGAUGCUUCAGGAUCCAAUGCCUCCGAUAUGGCUGCUCCCAAUAACGAAGAGUGAUAUGAAGCCUCGUCCUUCCUACACAGCCCCAGUGUAUAAAACAAGUGAGCGACGUGGAGUCCUGUCAACAACAGGUCACUCCACAAACUUUGUGCUCUCAAUGCUACUACCGUCCGAUCAACCAGAAAGUCACUGGAUCAUGCGUGGAGUGGCACUACUAUGUCAAUUGGACGACUGAAAACAAGCUCUGUUCGCCAACUUUCGUCUGAUUUCGGCCACAAGCAAACAUGCCUUGGUGCAGUGAACAAACAAUCCCUUGUUCAUACAUAAUUCUAGUGCCCACAUUUGAUCGAACUAUCAAUUGCAUGGUAAACAUGCAGUGUGUAUGAAGAGGUGCUUAAAAAUAAUUUGGACACUAAAAACUCGCCUUCGAAGUUUAUUUCACAAAAGACAAAAACAAGAAUACAGCAUAAGUGCAACUGUACAAUAGGGUUAACAAGCAUACAAGAUUUAAAACAGACCA